GUGGCGGCUCGGCCCGCCUGCCCGAGGGCGGCUCUGGCGGAGGGCGGUGGGCCAGGGGCAGCGGCUGAGGCAGGACGGCGGCACAGACCGCUGCCCCCAGAGGACUCGGCCGAGAUGCUGGCGGAGAACCUGGUGGAGGACUUUGAGCUCAAGGAGGACUUCGAGCUGAAGGAGGACGAGCCGUGGUACGACCACCGGGACCUGCAGCAAGAUCUCCAGCUUGCUGCUGAGCUUGGGAAGACAUUACUGGACCGGAACACAGAGUUGGAGGACUCUCUUCAGCAGAUGUACACAACCAAUCAGGAGCAGUUACAAGAAAUUGAGUAUCUUACCAAACAGGUGGAGCUUUUACGGCAGAUGAAUGAGCAACACGCCAAGGUCUAUGAGCAGUUAGAUGUGACAGCAAGGGAACUGGAAGAAACGAAUCAAAAACUAGUUGCUGACAGUAAGGCCUCACAGCAAAAGAUUCUGAGUCUGACUGGAACAAUCGAAUGCCUGCAAGGCAACAUUGAUCAUCUUCAGACCCAAGUGGAGGAGCUGAAGUCAUCUGGCCAAGGGAGAAGGAGCCAGGGCAAGUGUGACCAGCAGAAAUCACCACCCACUUUCUCGUGCCUGAAAGAGCUAUAUGACCUCCGCCAGCACUUUGUGUAUGACCACGUGUUUGCUGAGAAGAUAACUUCCUUGCAAAGUCAGCAAAGCCCCGAUGAAGAGGAAAACGAGCACUUGAAAAAGACAGUGGCGAUGCUGCAGGCCCAGCUGAGCCUGGAACGGCAGAAGCGGGUGACUAUGGAUGAGGAAUACGGGCUUGUGCUAAGAGAGAACAGUGAGCUAGAGCAGCAGCUCGGGGCUCUGGGCGCCUACCGAGCCCGCGCGCUGGAGCUGGAGGCAGAGGUGGCCGAGUUGCGGCAGAUGCUGCAGUCAGAGCAACCUUUUAUGAGCCGGGUUGAGAAGCUGGUGCCAGACUCCCUGUUUGUCCCAUUCAGAGAGCCCGGCCAGAGCCUGCUGGAGGAGCUGUUCCCCACAGAAGCCCCGAGAAAGCCCCUCAAGCGCAGCAGCAGUGAGACAGUCCUGAGCAGCUUGGCAGGCGGAGACCUGGUGAAGGGCCAUGAGGAGACUUGCAUCCGGAGGGCCAAGGCAGUGAAGCAGAGGGGCAUCUCUCUCCUGCACGAGGUGGACACACAGUACGUUGCCCUGAAGGGCAAGUAUGAAGAGCUGGUGAAGAAGUGCCAACAGGAACAGGACUUGUCCCACAAAGCUGUGCAGACCUCCAGGGCUCCAGCCAAGGACCUGAGUGCAGUGAAGGCCCAGCCUGAACCUGGCCCGGCCAGCUGGGAGCUGACCUCUAUGAGCCCAGAGCCUGUGGCUUCCCCGACUGCUUCGACGCCCCCAGAAUACAAAGCGCUUUUUAAGGAGAUCUUUAGUUGCAUCCGAAAAACCAAGCAGGAAAUAGAUGAACAGAGAACAAAAUGCCAGUCUCUCUCCCUGCAUUCCUAA